AUCCCGAAUAACAAUAUACCAAUGGGGCGAUUCGGGCAUCCAGCCAUGGAAGGGUAGACACACUACACAGAAGAACGCCACAGCCAGCGUCAGUGGUCGCCACGACUGUACCAGAAAGGCCAAGGGAACCAGUAGAAGCGACCCGAUUGGGAAGAAUAUCUGCAUACGAGAUAGCAAGGGUGAGGUCGAGGUUGGGGUUACG